GUUUGCCCCUGCCCUGGGUGAAAAGACUUUGAAAAUAUGGAGAACCAGCGGGGAGCGCUCUUGGGAUACGUCCGCUGGGAAGGAGAAGGGGAAGGGGAUGAGGAGGAUGGGGUGGCUCCUGGUGCUUCUCAUUCCAGCCAAAUAGGUGAAUUGGAAGAUGUGCAGGUGGAGAUGCUCGAAAAGGCAAGGGAGCUCUUCCAGCUGUGUGACAAGGACGAGAAGGGUUUUAUCACCAAGGUGGACAUGCAGAGGCUCCAGAGUGAACUCCCCCUAACCCUUGAACAGCUGGAGACUGUUUUUGACAGUUUGGAACAGAACAAUAACGGAUAUCUGACACCUGUGGAGUUCAGCAUGGGACUAGGAAAGUUAAUAGGGGUUGAAUUGUGUCAGGGGGCUGGGAGAAUGGAUCACUCCAGGCAUGAGGAGACCUUUGAGUCAGGCUGGUCAGAUGACUUGGACCCAGCAGAUGAUGAUGAAGAGCAACGAUUCUGUUCCAUGAUGGAGCAGCUUGGAGCAGCCCACAUGUUUGAAGAUCCACAUGAGAUUCGGGAGCUCUGGGCUCGUCUACGAAAGGAGCGACCGGAGCUCUUACCCAAUUUUGAAGAGUUUCUGUUGCGUGUUUCAUCGUACAUAAGGGAGGUGAAUCAUGAGAAGGAGUCUAUGGAACAGGCAUUGAAGCGGAAGGAGACAGACCAUGACAGAGAAGUCAGGUGCCUUUAUGAAGAAAUGGAGCAACAGAUCAAAGCAGAAAGGGAGAGGCUGAUCUGCCAGGAAGCACUGAGACAUGACAGGAGUAACCUGCUCCAGAAGGAACUGCGCAGCAAAGAGCAGGAGCUGGAGAAAAUCCUCUACCGCCAGAAGAAGCUGGAACAUCAGCUACAAUCUCUGAACUCAGAGCAGCUGGAGACCCGUGUGCAGAAUGAAAGGCUCCGGCACCUGAAUGAAAACCUGCUGGAAGAGCUGGAGAAAAGCAAAUGGGAGCUGGAGGCAGUGAAGGGGCAAUUACAGAGGCUCCAGAAAGAGGCCCAGCUUGAGCAGGAGCAGAAGGACAGGGAUGUGUUUAGAGUCUCCAAGAACAUGCAGAAAGAGAAACAAAGCCUCCUUCGGCAGCUGGAGCUCCUCAGAGAGAUGAACAAGAAACUUCGAGAUGAGCGAGAUGCUUUUGAAGCCAAGAAGCUGGCACCUCAGAGCAAAAAGACUCUGCUGAAGAAAGAGUCAGUGCUAGGCAGUUACCUGUUGGACGACAAGCCGGUCAAACGCUGGCCCUGGGAGAUGGGGACCGUUCAUCUGAGCCUGGGAGGAUGUGUUUAUUUUCCAUGGGGAGAGGUUCCAGCUGGCCUGGCUCUGAGCUGUCCUUUGGGGCAGAUGCAGGAAGACAACCAGGAAU